CCGCCCCUUUUUCGGUUGCUUUUGUGUGAUGGGAAGUCACGUCAGGACUACAUUUUGGCGGAGGUAUACAACUACUGGGAAAUGACGGAUCACGAUUCCCCUCCUCGGUACCGGGGCACUUUUUAAACUACUGCUACCCUAAACUACCCUAUACGCUGAGUGCCGGACCCAGGACACAAGUGGAGAGCUGAAAAACAUCUGGUUAGCGAAAGGGGUGUGACGUCAUAGCCGGAAGCAACAGCCAUGGUUGAUGCAGCCAAUCACACAUCACUGGCAGUUUAAAUGCCCUGAGCUGCUGCUGGUGCUUGGUGACAGAGGGCCUGGGCAAUUUGAAACUUGGUACCACCUGGGGCAGGCAGCUAAUACUCGGGGGCAAUAUGGGCACACAGGAGACAGACUGGGUGACCAUUGCCAACAACCUGCUGUACAAAUGCCAUAUUAACCUACAAGUCAGAGACUUGAAGUCCUGUGAUGCUCACGUCUUUGUUUCACUGUAUGAGAAUAUUUUAGGAGAGAAAGUGCCUGAUUUUAUUGCCGACUCUCAAAGUCCAGAAGAUGAUGCUCACAACGUCCAGUCUGUGAUUGACUCGCUGGCUCUUGACUAUUUGCAAGUUAGUCUGUCUCAUAUAACAGGAGAAAACAUUGUCCGGGGGGACAUAGAGUCUAUCAAAAAUCUCCUAGAAAUAUUUGAUGGCUUGUUGGAAUAUCUGACAGAACAGAUCAGCGAAGCUUCUUCCCAGAAUGGUGAUGAUAUGGAAAAUUACAAAGAAUUUAAUCUGAGAAGGCAGCAAGAGGAAAAUACCAAGGAGCAUAAGGAUGUCUUACCUUCCUCUACAGGGUCUCUUUCCUUUGACAACAUUGCAAUUUCCUGGGAAGUGGACGGGUCCGAAUCCACAGCUGAACUCAUUCGGCUUGGAGACACCGCUCACACCUUUACAGUGAGAGGCUCGGAUUUAGAAAGAUUAAGGCAGAGGGACGAGCGGUCUAUUACAUUGCAACCUGCCAAGAUUGUUAAUGAUCCUAGAGCUUCCAUAUCUCCUCCUUCUAUAUCUACUUACAAGGAGCCCAUCCACUUAGGCCAAGCUAGAACGCAGACACCAGAGCAUCCUCCGGCAGCCAUCCCUUUAAAUCGUCCAUAUCAGCCCAAGGCCAGCAGGCCUCUCGCGGUCAGCCGGGAUGUGCAGGCUUCUGUAGGCGGUGAAAGUCUGGUGAGAAGCAAGAAGCCUCCCCCUGAUAUUAAUAAUGAUCCAGACAUCACCAGCUCUGCAAGUGAAGAGUCCAAACCACUGAAAUCUCUGGCAAGCAGGUCCCUGGCAGAGGUGGGCCAUGAUAUUGCUACAGAGGUCCCUUCGCUGCAUUUGGGACAAAAGAAAGUUGCAUUUCACACCGAGCCCGAUGUCCGCUUAAUGACCCUACAAAGUACUUUGGGUGAGCAUGGUGACUGGGCAUUGACCAGCGAGGAAGGAAAAAGUGCACAGCCUAACUCCCCAACUCUGCAGCUGACAGAUGAACACCCCUCCCGGGGCUCGGAGUAUUCCCUGAUAAACUCCAGGUCUUCAGACCCUCCUUCCCUGCCCCUAGUGGAGGAGCCAAUCUCUGUUCAACGAGCUAGGAAUAAAUUAUCAGAACUUGAACUCCAGGAUAUGUCUAAGAGAUUGUCUCGUCGGCUCGAUGAACUGGAUCGUAUGCUGAAGAAAGUGGUGCAGGGGGAACACAGCACCAUCAGUGAAGCAAAAGAAGAAGACAAACUCUCUCACCACAGCGACAGCAUCAUUGAGUUCCGCAGGAAGAAGCGGCUGCAUGCUGCACAGCACCCAAAGAAGAACCUUACCAGGCCACGUUCCCUAUCAUCCUCCCCGCUGCCGCCCCCACACCAGUCACUAAGUACACAGUUUGAGGAUGCGCUCUGCAAGAACACCAGAGGCGAUAUGGGGAAAAUUAGGCGAGAUGUUCAGAAAGAAGCAGAACUGCAACGGUUAAAGUCUCAGAUGUUAUCUAAUGCCUAUGAGGAGGAAUUGAAAGCCUUCGGUGAAACAGAGUGGAGCAAGUUAUCGAAGCUAAAGGAAAAGAUAAAGGAAAAUGAGCAAGAGUUCAAAGAAAACAUUUUUAAAAAGCCUCAGAAAAAAUCUUAUGAGAAGGUUUAUGCUGUGCAGACCCCCAAACCAAAGCAAUGGACCCCAAACUGCAAUAAGUUGUCAGAACGGAUGAAGGUCAAGGAAAAUGACUUGCUGCCUCUUUUACUGGAAGAGUUCCCACACCUGCAGAUCUCGCCACACACUCUAACCACAAUGUGGAAGGAGCAGCUUGCGCAGGUGGAACAACUUGCAAGGGCUAGCCAGGAGGACAAUCGGAGUGAGCGAAAACUGCACAAAGAGGUAGAAGAAGCUCACAAGAAACAUGGCCUCCUUGUAGAUAUCAUCCAGCGCGAGCAAGGGCAUAACCAGCGGUUGAAAGACUUCAAAGAGCGUAUCCGCCUGCAGAAGUCGGCACAUAGUAAAAUGAGAGAGAAUCGGCAGCAGGUGGCACGAGCAAAGAGAUACUAUGAGGAUUAUCACGUGCAGCUACGUGCCAAAUUUAUGAGAUCAAGAACCAGAGAGGAGCGGAUCUUUAAGAAGCUGUUUGAGGAAGGCCUAGCUCUACAGAAACAGAGACUGCGUGAGCUGCGCUCAUACACUAAGGAGCAGCGGGAGGAACAGAGAAAGAGACACAAAGAUGAACUUGAGUCCAUGGAAAAUUAUUACAAAGAUCAGUUCUCUAUGUUGGCGGAAGCUGUGACCCAAGAGAGGCAAGAAAUUCAAGCACGAGAGCAGGUCCAGUCAAAAACUCUUCACAAGAUGAAGCGAGAACUACGGGCAAAAAUGGAAAAGGAGAUCCAGGAAUUGCAGGAGAUGAUCAUAAAAACAGAUGAAGAUGCUUACUUCCGUGAGCUUGAGGCAGAGCGCCUGAAGAAGAGGCUCCAGAUGGCAUCUUUCCAAUACAGCAAGAGCCACUGCUUAUAAUAUCGCCCUAUGAGGGAGAUUGAUACAGACAGACACUGGGUUUUGCUCUUAAGUGUGGCUAUCAUAGAAAAUUGAAGAUAUUAACCUUUUGCACUGACAGAGGCCUGAAACACUAUGCAGAGUUUAACUGUUGCUGUGCCACACCAUUCAUUAUUAUUGUACAAGUUUAUGUCUGUGUAAUACAGCCUUGUUUUCAUGUAAAUGCUGCUCCGUCUAGGCCUGUGACUGUACAGAAAUGCAUCAGUGAUUGGAGCACUGUCCUUUUAUUUGUUUUUACUCCCGACGGUAAACACAGUGGCCAUGGCUGAUAAUUAUUUGAUCAAAGUAUUUCCCUUAAAAUUAAAUUUCAUGUGGCCAAAUUCAGGAGUGCCUUAAAUGUUUCAAUUUAAAUCCCUAUGCUGCAAAUUAUGUUUGUAAUACCAGGAAAAUGCUUAUUAAUUCACAUUAUUUAUUAGGGUUUUAACUUAUUUUAAAAAUAUGUUUUUAUUUGAAUCAAAAGUAAAAAAACAAACAAAAAAAAACA